AGUGUUGUACAGUAAAAUGAUUAAUUUCUAUUAUCAUUCGGACUCAGAUUCCAGGUUAUUUGCUGCAGUAUUUUUUUGUCCAAGACUGGAUCUUGGUCCAGCGGACCGGGGGCGGGUCUCUCCGGUUCUUCCUCCUUCAUCCUCAUCAUCGGCGGCCAGAGCUGCGAACAUGGCGGCCGGUUCAGGCGCUGCGAGCGGCCACGGAGCCCGCAGCUCCACCGCUGCGCUGGAAGCCACGCUGGACCGGCGCUUCCAAGGAGUAUCCAACACCAUGGAGUCCAUCCAGGGACUUUCCAGCUUCUGCAUCGAGAACAAGAAGCAGCACAGCCUAAUCGUGCGCCACUGGAUGAAGUGGCUCAAGAAGUCUGACAACAACCAUCGCUUGAAUCUCUUCUACCUGGCCAACGACGUGAUCCAGAACUGCAAAAGGAAGAAUGCCAUCGUGUUCCGUUCCGCCUUCGCUGAGGUUCUUCCCAGCGCUGCUCAGCUCAUCAAAGACGGGAAGGUUCGUCAAUCGGUGGAAAGGAUCUUCUCGAUCUGGGAGGAGAGGAGCGUUUAUCCCGAGGAGGUCAUUGCUCAGUUCAAAACCAACCUGAACAAAAAGGAGAAGGAGCGAGAGAAGCAGAAGGAGAAAGAGAAGGAGAAAGAAAAGGAGACUCCACCUGCAGAUGCUCCUGCUAAUUCCAAAGCUGCCCUGAAGUCCAAGAUCGUAGCAGAGUUCACGCCUCAGUCCCUCAUAGAACAGCUGUCCAGGUACCGGCGAGCCGUUGCUGAGGAGGAGUUCAGGGAGAAGCAGCUCUCAACCCACAGGGUGGACGUCUGCAGCACCGAAGCCCUCAAAAGACUCAAAGACAAAGCCGGAGGGAACAAGUUCACCAAGGACUUCGAGGAUGGCAGUCUGAAGCUGCAGGAGUUUGUGGGUUUCCUAGAGAAGGAGCUGAAGAUGGGACCUCCUCUGCUGGAAGCUCUGGGAAACGCAGACAUCUUCUACGAGAUGCAGUACAAGGAGGUCAAGAUUGUGGCCAAUGCGUAUAAUGCCUUUGCCAACCGUGUGGCCAGUCUCAAAAGGAAACUGGAUUCUCUGAAGUCGACUCUACCCGGACCUGAGGACUCCCCCAUCCCUUCACCCUCCGAAGACGCCCCCUCACCCACCGGCUCGGAGUCACCCUUCCUGGGGAUGGGGGUCGGCAGGGCCCAGGUGGAUCCGGAGCUGGACGGGAAGGCCAUGGACGAAGGAGAGCUGCAGAACGACAACCGAGACAUGGAGGACAUGGACAUGUCCGAGGAGGAGGUGGACGCAGCAGGAGAUGACAAGAAAGACAAGAUGUCCGCCGCCGUUUCCAAGACGACCAAGUCAGAUGUGGCGUCAAAGCCUCCGAUCACGCCGACAAGAGCCUCCAAGACGAACACUUCCAUUGCUGCCUCCACCACCCCGCUGACCCCAACAUCUGCUGCAGCUGCUGGAGCUCCAGGACCCCCGCUGGGAGUCAACCUGGCCAAGGUGGACCUGGGAAAGAUCAGCUCCAUCCUCAGCUCGCUUACCUCCGCCAUGAAGAACACAGCAGCGAGUCCGUCGCCACGGCCGUCUCCAGGGACACCCACCACCCCGUCUGGCCAAUCAGCAGCCUCCAAAACUACGCCGCCGAGCCCCGCCCUCGCCAGCAUCCUAUCACGGGUCGACAUCACACCUGAAGGCAUCCUCAACGCCCUGUCCAAGACCAACACACCAGGUCUGUCGUCCCUCCUGCAGAGCGUCACCAACACCUCCUCUGCUCCUCCCACCAGAACCUCUCCAGAAUCGGCGACCAUCAAAGCUCCGCUAACCCCGGCCACCCCGAAGACGAAGCCCGUCCUGGGGAACAACCUCAAACGAGACGCCCCUGGAAGAACCAGAGACUGGGAGAAGGAGAGGCAGCUGUCUCCUCCUCCUCCACCUCCUCCACCUCCUCGGCCCUCAGCUCCCUCCGUCUCCCCUCCGAGUUUGGAGUCCAAGAUCAACAGCUUCCUGCAGGGAAACCCGGGUUUCAGCCUGGCUCUGGGCGACGUCAGUCCGGACGGUGUGGACGGGACGCCGGUUAGAGACGAGGCAGCCGGGACCCCGACCCAGGACGAGAUCAUGGACACGCCCGGCAGCGUCCCAGAGUCUCUGGGUUCGUCUGGAGGUCACAACCUGUCGCCCACCGCGUACCGGAGCGAACCCUGGGACGCUGUCAUCACCCCGUCGGGAAGCAACAACGACGGAGACUUUCUGGCCUCGUCGCGGUUCGGAUCUGGGAAGAAGAGGGACGCUAAAUUAAAGGACGAUGACGCCGUGAACGCCAGGAAGCGGGUCUCCUCGUCGCCCGGUAGCGACAUGAAGUCUAAGAAAGACGAGCAGCAGCUGAGGAUGAGAGCGAUGGGCGAGCGGAGACACUUGGCCGGCUCCCGUAAGGCGAGCACCGGGUCAGAGGACGGCGGGAAGAGAGAGCUGAAAAGUGAAGAGUCCCCUGGCAGGAAGGAGGGCCAGUACCACCGCAUAGAGACCCUGGUGUCGCCCUGCACCGAGGGGGCGCCCAUCCAGACUCUGGGCUACUCCAACCGCCCUCUAGCCGGGGAGCGCAUCAAGACGGUGGAGAGUAUCCGCGUGAUUGGCCGCGGCUCUCGGCGAGGGGGCGGGGCCGGCAGCCGGCCAGGCGGGGCCAUGUGGUACGAAGAGGAGGAGUACCUGGAAGCUCCGCCUCCCUCACCCCACCUCCCCCCGCCUCCCCUGGAGGACAUGGCCGUCUCCAUGCCGCCUCCCCCUCACCUCCUCCUCCCCCCGCCUCACCUCCACUCCCUGUCCCUCCCCCCUCCCCCCCAGACUCCGUUCCACAUGCCCUACCACCCCGACACCCUUCCUCCCUCCCACCUCCACCCUCCGCCAACGUCCCAGUUCUUUGGCGCCCCCCCGCCGAUCCCUCGCCCUCCCCCGCCUCCCCAGCGCCUCUCCCCCCCGCCCCCCCAUGGAUCCGUUCCCUCAGCGGUCAUGGUGGGGGGAGUGUUGGUCCCAGUCGACCGCCCCCUCACCCUUCCUCCCCCGAUCCGACCUGAAGGUGCAGAUCGAGGCAGUGCGAGGGGAGGCAAAGCGGUGCCUCCCCCCCUCAUGGCGUCGCUGCUGGGUGAGCCCCCUAAACUCCCCCGCCCCGGCACCGUUAAAGAACCCUUUGUUCCUCGCCACGCACUCCCCCUCCACCGCCCCGGCACCCCUGGCGUCCCUCCACCUUUACUGGGUCGCGUAAAGGAGCCUCUAAAUCUACCUCUCCCACCUACAUCUCCCUCCCCCACAUCCUCCACCCCCUCCCCAUCCACACCCAACUCCCCCGCCGUCGACGCCCCCCCGAAUCGCUCCCUCACUCAGCCCCCCGCUAGCCCUCCAGGCGGUCAGCAGCCCCGAAACCAAACCUCCAACCCCGUCCCGCUGCUCAACCUGCCCACCACCAGGCCCCCCAUCCUGUCCAGUCAGAGACCCCUGCUGCGAGGCCGGACCCCUUCCCAGCAGCAGGACCACCACAUGGGGGGGUUUCGUGGGGGGAAGCGCUCUGGUCCUCCGUUUGCAGGCAGUCCCUUCCAUGCUCAGAAGAGGCCUUUCCUCCCCCCUCGCUACUGAAGUGGUCGUCUCCCAGCUGAAGGAACCAGCAGAGCAGAGUUAGCCCUGCUGGUAUGAGCCCAGAUAUCUUUACUCAAGUAAAAACUACCUGUAGGUCGUGUGUAAAUAGCUGAUUAAAGCUGUCCAGUACAGCCCAGAGGUUAUCAACCCUCCAUCUCCCUUUUUCCAUCUCAACGUUCACAGUGGAUAAAAGUUUGCUUUAGGUUCAAGAGUGACAAAAAAAGAGGAUAGUUCAAGUAGAAAUUAAAACGAUGCUGCAUUUAGAGUUGUGUGAUUCUUGGAAUGUGAGAGAAUCUAAAAGCAAUCAUUUAGCAUUUUGGGAAAUUUGUAUAUAAGCUUUCUGGGUGACAUAAAAACACUGAUAUCAGCCUGCUGUACCAGGGGUGAUCAGAAAGUUCAGAGACUGCAUCAACUAACUUUAAAAACUUGAUUUGAAUUUGGCUGCCAUCUUGGUGAAAGGUGUUUUCUUGUGCAGCGAUGCUCUGCUCCGAGUGCUCCUGCAACACUCCCUGGAAGUCCUGUUCUGUAAACAUGCAAAACUCCGUCAAGCUGAAUCUCGUAAAAUGUGUUGGAAAAACAUGAGUUUCAGUGAGGCAAAGCAGUUUUUUUGUUGUGGCUAGAAAAUUCCGACAGCGUCCGGCUUUCGAUUGAAACUCUGCGUUGACAGUCCGACUCCUGAGGACUAACUCACAACCUCAUAAAUGUUGAAAAAAACCAGCGAGCAUUCUCCUGGUGUUCCUGAGCUUUCUGGUCUUUAAACUGUGGGUUGUUGCUGCUGCUGAUGGUAGCUGCUGACCCACCUCUGGUCACUAAAACGUGUUUAACAGGUUCUGAUAGUGAAACCAAACGAGGUCUCCUGUAACUCUUAGUGCUCCUCAUGUUGCACAUCUGGAACCGUGACACACUCUGAAAACCAGCAGUCCCAGAACUUUUUGAUCAUUCUGCGUAUACGAAGCUUCAGUUCGCAUAAACACCUGAAACCUCGUACAUGAAGUCUGAUUCAUUCAGUCCGACACAGAAGACUUCUUAGAAUCUCCAGGAAGUCAGAAAAUGGAGCCAGACUGAACCAGUUUCUGGUCUUCAUGCUCGGCUAACGUUGGGCUCCAGCUGCAGGAGUUUCAGACCAGUUUACCCCAAACAGAAGAUAAAUCUGGACCUCCUGAACACAAAUCUAGCCUUCAAGCUAACGUUAGCUACAGAUAUAGAAACUGAUAAAAUCUCCAGUUCCAGCUGAAGAGAAACUGUUGAACUGUUUUCUUAUCAGAGCUGCUUCUGCUUAGUUUUUUUAGUGUUACUAAAAGUUGUAGCUUCAGUCUCUGGUCUGCUUCCAUGUACAGAAUCUCAUCCUGUAGUUUUGUAGCAUUUUUUCUUCUUUUCUGGUUUUAAACUCCUGCAGCGUGAGCCCGACUCUGUCUUCUGCUUCAUACUGAGAUAAAAACUCUUGACAGGAACCAUCUUAGUUUCCCAGAAUGUCGAACCAGUCCUUUUUAUACCGUGAGGAGUGAAGACAGGCUGGAGGUUCUCCAGGGUCUGGAGGUUCUCCAGGGUCUGGGUGUGCUGUGUUUUCUUAUUUAAACAAUGAUUUGUGUUGCAGCUGAGGUGUUAACUCUUGUUCUUACCUCCACAGUACCUGCUGUAAAUAAUUCUUUCUCCUGAUUUCCUCUUUCCCCUCCUUCCCUUCACUGAAUAUUCCAGCUUGUAAAUAUAAAGACUGAGUGGAUGCAGCUCCUGUUUGUGUUAACAAGGACACUGGUUGGUUAUUUAUCGCCCGUCUAGAAGCUUUAGCCCUGAAGAGUUUCUGCUAACGCUGAAGAGGAGGGCGAACAUGAUUCUGUUUUAGGUUUUUUGUUGUUUUGAGGCGCUUAGACUGAGUCCUGAAGACACUCAGAGGAUGGGAGGGAAGAGAAACGUCUUCUAGGUUUCAACAUGUACUGACCUGAAUAAAAUCCACAGUUUCAAUUCAA